AAGCACCAGUGGGAUUUGCUUUGGUUGGCUCCAUUGGAUGCCUGUGACAGCUAUGGCAAGUGUGGUAAAUUCGGCAAUUGCAAUCCUACUAUCAAUGGAUUUAACUGCACAUGCUACCCCGGAUAUGAACCAAUAUCACCACAGGAUUGGGAUUUGAAAGAUGGGAGAGGCGGGUGCAAGAGGUAGCAGGGCUCGCGGUCCAUGUGCAGGAACGGCGAGGGGUUUGUGAAGAUGGAAAAUGUAAAGGUUCCAGACACGUCCUCCAUAAAAUUGGAGAAGAAUUUGAGCUUGGAAGCGUGCAAGGACGAGUGCUUGAAGAACUGCACGUGCUUGGUGUAUGCGAUUGAAGAUGUGACGAAUGGAGGGACUGGAUUCAUGACAUGGUAUAGAGAUUUGAUGGAUACUAAGCAGUUAACGGAAGGCGGGCAGGAUUUGUACGUUCGUGCAGAUGCAGUAGUUUUAGCUCAGUAUAAAAACAAGUCAGGAGGAGGGUAUUUUUCCAGGAAAAGGCGACUGGCUAUUAUAUUGGUAGUGUUAAUUUCUGUCGCUUCAUUGCUCAUCCUCGCAGUUCUAUGUUGGUUCAGGAAAAGGAGCAUGAAAGGGAGAGGAGGACAGCCCAAAUUUCUGAAUGAUCCCGCUGCUCCUGGUGUACAAAGCUACGAAAAUUUGCCAAUAAAAGAUGAGGUUGAUGAACACAGAGGAGAAAUCGAUUUACCUCUUUUCGAUUUAACCAUCGUGGUUGCAGCCACAUAAAACUUCUCUUCUGCUAACAUGCUUGGACAUGGCGGCUUCGGCAUGGUAUAUAAGGGAUGUCUAGCUCAUGGACAGGAAAUAGUUGUUAAAAGAUUAUCGAGAAAUUCACGACAAGGCAUAGACGAAUUCAAGAACGAAGUAAUGCUCAUAGCAAAGCUUCAGCAUAGAAAUCUUGUGAGGCUUUUGGGUUUUUGCAUACAUAAAGAAGAGAGGAUGCUAAUCUAUGAAUACAUGCCAAAUCGUAGCUUGGACUUAUGGAUUUUUCGUGUGCCAUCUUUACACACUGCUAAUAAAUACUUUCAGUUUCUGACAUUAACCCUGAAAUUAAGAAAUCAUAAACUUGUAGAUAAUAGAAGCUUUUAUGUGUGGUGUUCAGGUAAAAACGGAAAUUUGUUGUUAGAUUGGAGAAAAAGGUUUCAAAUUAUCAUUGGCAUUGCUCGAGGCCUCCUAUAUCUUCAUCAAGAUUCGAGACUAAAAAUAAUCCACAGGGAUUUGAAAGCGAGCAAUGUUUUAUUGGAUGGUUCAAUGAACCCAAAAAUAUCAGAUUUUGGCAUAGCAAGAAUGUUCGGGGAUGACCAAAUUGAAGCAAACACGAACAAAGUUGUUGGCACCUAGUAAUUGUCUCCUCUCCCUCAAAAAAAAAAAAAAAAUUAAGUAGAACUGAUAUAUAUAUAUAUAUACAUAUAUAUUUAUACUAAUAUUGUGUGAUUGCAGCGGUUACAUGUCACCCGAGUACGCUAUGGAUGGGUUAUAUUCCACAAAAUCCGAUGUGUUUAGCUUUGGAGUCUUGGUACUAGAGAUCAUUAGUGGAAGGAAAAACAACUUCCAAUUCGAAAAUUCAUCUCUGAAUUUGGUUGGAAUAGUAAGUAAACAAAUAAUUUUUCAAACGAUGAAUCUAACUUUCGAGUAGUCCAAUGAUCUAAACAUUGUGCUCAAAAUUGUUUCAGAUAUGGGACUUGUGGACAGAAGGAAAAGUCUUGAACAUAAUUGAUUCAUCAUUGAAUUAGUCGUAUUCGACUCCUGAAGUUAUGAGAUACAUUCAGAUUGGGCUUUUGUGUGUGCAAGAAUACCUAACAAACCGGCCAACCAUGCUAGAUGUUGUAUUCAUCUUGGGGAACGAAACAACUCUUCCAUAUCCGAAAAAGGCAACGUUUAGCUUGAAAAACAGUGGUUCGGAUUCUUCAACGCCUAAAGGAGCUUCUUCUGUAAAUGAUGUAACAGUAACAGUUAUUGAAGCUCGUUGAGUCGCACUUUGCUGGCUCUUGUAGAGAUUUUGCAUUACUUCUCAAGUAUUUGAACUCAAAUCGAGAUUCCUUGUGGAGAGAAAAGGCAAUGUCUUUGAAAUUGUCGAUUCAUCUCUGGGCGAAUCGUACCCUAUAAACGAAGUUGUGAGAUGCAUCUAAAUUGCCCUCUUAUGUGUGCAAGAGUAUCUUGGAUAUUAGUCUUUAAUCCAACGGCUAAUAAGUCACUAUAAUUAAUAAGGAUUGUUAUGGAGUGUAAGUAGGAUUAGGGUUUAGUUAUAAGCUAUAACUUGGGCUCCAUGUAAAGAAAAUAUUCUAGUUAUUCUUGGAGAAUAAGAGCUCCUGAUAUUAUCCUAUUUUGAUUCGGAUUUGGUAGAUUAUUUCCUCGUACAAUAACAAGUCCUACUGACAUCAUUAUGGGAGGAUGAAUUAGGUUUUUUU